AUGGCUUCUUCUUCUUCUUCUUCUUCUUCUUAUUUUUCUUCAUCUUACUCAAACACUGAUCCUUCUUCGUCUUCAAUGGGUGUAACAAGAGAAGAGUUCAAUGCUUUCCACAAAAUCGACAGAACCCUGUUCACACGUCUCGUCUUCGGUCUACACCGAGACAUGAACCAAUCUUCUCAAGUGAUUGGUUUUCUCUUCUUGCUCGAGCAAAUCGCUUACGCUCGCGACUUAAUCGCGUUUCUGAUCUCGUUACCAGACGCAUUCAUUGACGCGGUGGCUAACGAAAUCGUUGUGUGUCUAACUCUCUUAUACAACCAAAAUUAUUCAGCAUUAUUGGUUGCAGACAACAACGAUGAUAAUUCGAUUAUACCUUUAAUCAUGAGUGUGACAGGAGGCAGGCUUACUCUCAGGUUCCUUCACCAAAACCGCGAGACUUUUCUCUUUGUGUUGGGAAAGAAUUUGAACGAUAUUUGCAACAGGGCUUUCGAAGAUUUGUUUGUGAUAGCAGAGAUGUACAACAAGGAGAGACUUUUGGCUUUAGAGACAGAGAAAAUCAUUGAGGAGAUGAAGAAAAUCAGAUUGGGUGUUCAACAAGAAACCGUUAAUAGAUUGAGUGUUCAACAAGAAAGGGCUUCUACUCCUUCUUCUUCUGUUACAGAAGCAACAAGAAAGAUCAAUGCAGAGACAGAGGAGGCAGAGAAGGAAGAGAACAAGGAAGAGGAGAUCCCAGCUGAUGAUAGGACAGUUUUUCUGACUUUCUCUAAAGGAUAUCCGAUUUCGGAAGAGGAAGUUAGGGUUUACUUUGAGAAGAAAUUUGGGGAAGUGAUAGAAGCGAUACAGAUGAAAGAAGUGAAAGAGGACGAGCAGCCGUUGUUUGCGAAGAUGGUGUUGAAGAUGCAAUGUGCAUCCAAGAUUGAAGAGAUUGUGAGGGCAAGGUGUAAAAAUAAGUUCACUAUUGACGGAAAACAUGUUUGGGCUCGCAAAUUCGUCCCCAAGAACCCUAAUCCCCCUGCUUCCUUCUCCUCUUCGUAUAUAUGA